GCAGAGGCGCGGAUGGUUGGCAAGCCGUUCGUGUGGCUCCUGGGCGCCGCUACCAACCUGCUGGCGGCCUGGAUCUCGCGUGCGCCGCCGUGUCCCACGGCCCCCUCGUGCCCAGCCUCGCCGGCGUGCCCGUCGGUGUCUUGCCCGAACCUCUCGUGCGGGGAGGUCCACUGCCGCGCGGCGGAGGAGCAGCUGACUUGCCCGGCGGCGCCCCCUGCGCCGCCCCCGUCGCCGGCGGCGCCCGCGGCGCCAUCGGCUCCCGAGCCGGUGCCAGCGCCGGCGGAGCCGCCAUCGAGCUCGUUCUGGAGCUGGGCGGCGCUGCUGCUGGGCCACGUGGUGCUGGCCGCGCUCCAGCUCUGGCGCGGCGUCAUCGGUCUCGUGAAGGGCCUCGUGUGCCGCCGCCAUGCAGCGGGGAGCAGUGACCCGCUGGACCUCCUGAUCUCUAGUGCUGACCACGACGUGUACGAGGAGCGGUACAGCCAGGGCAAUCCAGAUAUCGUCGCCGUGGUCUUCAGCCCGACUCGCCAGGCGCUUCAGGGUGUGGACCCGAACUUGCUCUACCGUUUCAGGCGGGAGCCGAACGGGCGCGAGACGGUCGCCAUCCAGGACGCUCUCGUUCAGGUAGCGGACCAGCUGUACUUGGAUCGAGAGCGCGCCGCUGGCCGACCGCGCGUGCUCCCUGCGGGCGGCUCCUACCUGGAGUUCGACUUCACUGCCGCAGCCCCGGGACCAGGCGUCCCUGGCGCAGGCCCUGCCGCUCUCGUGCCCGCGGGUGGAGCCGCCGCCGGCGCGGCGCCUGCGGCGCCCUUGGCGAUCGCGGCCGCCGCCGGAGCGGCUGGACCGCCUGUGGUGCCUGCCCCGGCUUGGGUGCUCAUCGGGAGUACCGGAGGAGGCAAUCGUGGCGAUGUAGUGCAGCUCAACGGGACCGAGCGGAUCGAGGGUGACAUCGGGCUCCUCCAGCUGAACGCGGGCUGGGUCGCCAUCCGUCGGAUCUCGAUGGACCCAUCGGUGUAUCGGUGCGCCGAGAGCGGGGCGGACAUCAGGCUGCUGGGCGUGCCACCUCGGCCUGACGGCUCCAGGCAGCGUCUGGCGUGGCGUGAGGCGGUGCCGAUGAUGGUGGAGAACGUCAUCCCUGGGUGGCUGCUCGACGGUCCUCGCACCAUGCUCUGGUGCGCACAGUUCAUCGACAGGAAGCGGGGCGGCCCAGCGGAGCACUACAAUAGCUUCGUGGCCUUCUACCACCUCACGAAGGAGGACUACGGGGUCGCCCACUACGAGAACAUCAUGAAGAUGAUGGAGCACCUCGCGUGCUGGGAUCAGGUGAACCUCCCCGACUUGGUCGGGGCGGAGCUGGCCAUUCGACAGGCGCAGCUCUACGAGUACAUCUACUCCAUGGAGUUCGAGGAGCCUGCCAGGCCGAGAGAGGGGGGGCGCCCGUGGGCCUCGCGGGUGCAGCAGAUCUACCUGUACAUGAGGUCAGUGCGCAGGCGCCUUGAGAAACGGCCCCACGUUCACGGCAUGGUCGACGAGAUGACCGACGCGCUGAACGAGUUUUGGGGCUGCCCGCCUGCGGCGCGCCGUCAAGCGCCCGCCGGCACGCCGGCGCCUGCAGCUGGCCACGCCCUCGUCCUCUCGGAGCUCCGCCAGGCCGCGGUGAGGUUUGGCCCGUGCCCAGAGGGCUUGGGCGGUCCAGGAGCCCUUGAGGAGCUCCGGAUAUCUCAACCAUACGAGGGUGACGCCACGUUGGUUGCCCCGGUGAGCUUCGACCUCGUCGACUCCAUCUCACUGCCUCCUGCUGGUAGCCGACCCGCCGCCCUGGAGACGAUCGACGAGAUGGCAGGCCAGAAUAUCGCUCAUCGGUUGAAAGAGUUACUCCUGCCCCGACAGCUGGGGAUGGAGCGCAUCAGAGAGGCAGGUCCGAGGCGACUCUACACGGACCCUGCCCUUCGCAACCCGCGCCUCUACGCGACGGUGGUGCGGCGGCUUAUGAACGCCGGGCUGGUUGACUUCAACAGCUCGGCGGUACACGAUGCAGCUGCUGCAGUGCAGAAGGAGCUGACGGCUUCAGACCUCCCCACUCACCCAGUGGAGGCAUCAGUCGGCGGCGACGCGCUGGGCUGGCACUUCGACGAGGACAAGCCCGUGAUCGGUCUCAGCGUCCGACUGCGCUGGCGGCUUCGCCUUGGUAUCGGCGAGCUGCUAGAGCGUGGCUGGUGCAGUGGCCACGCCAUGAUGAAGGUGAUGUCCCACUUAACGUCGAGGGCGCUAAUUCGCCGCGAGCUGCUGAGCUGCCCGGGGGCCGUGCACGGUUUCAUGGGGGAUGGCGGCCGCGAGAGGCGGCGGCUGACUCCGGCAGUGAAGCGGGAGCUUACCUGGCGCCGCGCGUUGCUGCCCCUGCGCUUUCGAGACGCCGGGCGGCCGCUUUCGCCAGUCGUGUCUUGCGUAGACGCAUCGUGGUGGGGUGCAGGGGUGACUGAGAAGACCAUCACCUCGGAUCAAGCUCGUCGUCUGUCUAUCUUCAACGAGCGAUGGAGAUUCAGUCGCGAUGGGGAGCAGCAGGUCGCCCCGCGGGACAUGGCCUUGGCCCGGGAGAGCAAGCAAGCUGAGCAUAUCACCACGUCAUGCAUUAGGCAAGCCUCGUCGCAGCACGAUCGAGAUCCAGCAGUCAUAGCAGCAGCCAUGGAGCAGCAAGUCCCUUUCCGAGUCGAGCCGAAGCUUAAUCGGGAGGUGGAGGUCACGUUCGAGGAGGUGCCAGAGGAGGUCUGGGCGGAAGGAUGCACAACAGCGCUGACCCUGCUUCUCGUGCCCAGGCUGGUGAUAUCCCCGAAGCCGUGCGGGCCAAGGCAUCGGGGCCUGCCGCGCCCUGUACGCUCGCCCAGGCAGCAGCUUUCGGACGCGAUGGCGGCGCCGCUGUCGAUGUCGGCCCUCGGCUGCACGGCGACGCCAGCUUCGCCGGCGCCGCGGUCUCGCAAGCGGCCAGCGGCUGCUGCGGCGGCUGCGGCUGCCAGCCAGUCGCGGCGCAGGCCGCGCGCGGCGUCAGAGGCUGCGGCGCGCCCAGCCGAGAGCGACCGCCGGGCCGUUCGCCGGCAGGAGAGGGCGAGCCGCUUCCCUGCGCUCCCGCCCUCGGCCCCCCGCCGGGGCUUGACUUUCCUGGAGGGGCAGUCAGUGGGGGAUGCGACCAGGGCGGACUACGAGCGCCGGCAUGCCGCCUUCAGCCUGUGGGCCUGCCAGCGGGGCCACUCGUUGGUGACGCCGGCGGAGGUGGACAAGGCGCUGGUGCUAUUCUUCCACGAGGAGUUCUUGGACGGGGGCGAGAGCAGCGACGCCUGGAAGCUGAUGGCGGCCCUCGCCUUCGUGCGCUCGACCUGCUUCCCGUGGAUGCCGAGCGUCAUUCAAGAGCUGCACCGCCGCGCGCCCGCAGGCCACCGCCUGUUCCCAGUGACCUACGCGCAGUGGAACUACCACUUCAAGGCUGUCGUCUCCGACCUCGGCCUGCAGGUCCUGGGCAACUUGACGCUGCACCAGCUGCGGCACGGCGGCGCGAGCCACGAGCUGUACGCGGCGGCGAGGAAGAUGCCCAACCUGCGCAAGACGCGGAUGUGCGAGGCUUUCAUCAGGGGCCGCUGUGACCAGGCGGAUUGCAAGUUCGCGCACGGCGAGGGAGACUUGACCAAGGCGGAGCUCUUCCACAAGACCACCAUGUGCGCGUGGCACGAGAAGGGCAAGUGCCGAUACGGGGCGUCCUGCCGCUUCGCGCACGGCGCCGACGAGCUGCGCGCGAAGGAGCCGCAGCGGCUUGCCCCGGCCAGGCUGUUUUCCGCUCCAGGCAGCCCGACGCCCAGCACGGAGUCCAUGGCCUCCGAGAUCAUGGACGGCUCCGACAUCAGCACGGCCGGCUCCCUCCAGGAGGAGGCCCGCCCAACGUCCUGCUUGUACACGGCGGCGCCCGCGGUGGCGCCGCUGGCGCCGCUGGGGCUCCGCUGCUCCCUCGACCUCCUGGCGGCACCUGGCCUCGCAGGCCGCUGGGGCCCCCCGCGGGCCGCGGGCGGCGCGCCCGCGGGGGGCGCUCGCGCGCAGGCCCCGCCGAGCCCCUGGGGGCCCCUGGGCGGCGCGGCCCGCCUCCCGGCCGGCGCCUCGCAGCUGCCCAUGAAGGUUGAGCAAGCGAAGCUGCAUCUCUGCAUGGUGCUGCACCAGCGCCCGAAGAACACGCCUCUGGGCUUCUGGGCCGUCGCGCAGCAGAGCCUGACGGCACUGGCACUCUGAGUGACCUGCCUUGCCUUGGGGUAGAGGUACCCUUCUCGAAAGCGAUGUGGACAACCUUUCAUCUGCUCUCGCGCUACUCUGGUUCGAGGGGACCGCGUGAGCUGCACCAUGUCGCUGCUCAUUGCCGUUGUUAUGCGUCGUCUGCUCAUGGCGCAGGCCUGAGCUGUGGACAGAUGGCGUCGCUUGGCACUUGUUGUAGGAGGACGACGACGAGGAGGAGCGAAGCGCCGCCCGCGUCCUGCCAGUUAGGCCAGCUGUCGAAGGGCCCCGGUGCUUGAUGUUAUGUGCUUCGCUGUCUUUAUUUCUCUCUCUCUCUCUCUGACCUUCUCUAUAUCACUUUCUUACUCCGAGGAGGAGGAGGAGGCAUCCUCGCCCCUCAAUUCCCGCGCCCCUUCGGUGCGCGCGCCGCCUGUUUUUUCCCCCUGCUCCUUUCGCCCCCCCCGCCCGCCCUCGGCAGCGGCAGCGCCAGCCGCCCGGACACCCGUCCCCGCCGCCGAUGGGGGGUGGGCGUGCCUUGUGGGGCCGCGGGCGCAAAGGUGGCAUGGUGGUGCCACAACGGGCACGCCCAAUGCCGACAUCCGAAUAAU